GCUAACACGUCACAGCUUAAACCACAAAAGAACUUUGUGCCUGUUGUGCAUUUGACAAGUAUCUCAGUGUGAAGAAAAGUGCAAGAGAGAAAGGACUGAAACACACUGAAAAAGAGAGGCUCUGUGCUAACAUGGAGGGAGCCAUCAAGAAGCAAGGCAUGCUGUACCUUCAACAGCAGCGAUUUGGGAAGAAAUGGAAAAAAACCUGGUGUGUUGUGUACGGAGAAAGCAUCUGUUCCAUUGCCAGGAUUGAAAUCCUAGAAUUUAAAGAUGGGGUGAACAUUUCAGAGAAAUCUGAGAAAAUGCUGAAAAAACAGGACAAUAAAAAAGUCAUCAAAUUAAAUGACUGUAUUCGUGUAACAGACAUCGAGAUGGAUGGCUGUCCAAAGGAGUCAAUACCAUUCCUGGUGGAAACAACUGAGAAGCUCUACGUGUUUGCUGCUGAGAGCUCAGAAAUGGAAGACUGGGUCCAGACCCUCUGCGAGUUGGCUUUUCCAAUGAAGUGGAAUGAAAGCCAAGGACCUGUGAAGAAGAACAGCAUCCAUCGGCCUGUCAAAGGUACUUCCACUGUCGCAAUGGAGGAGAACUCAUUAUACAGUUCAAGAGCAACUGGCACAGAAUUCAAGGUGGUGAUCAGGAAAACAGAUGCCUCUGAGAGGUGCAACACACGUGGAACAUAUUUGUUGGUAGCUGAAGAGGACAGCUUGAUUCUCAAGGACCUUAAAUCCAGAGAGAAUGUCUUUUUGUGGCCCUACAAAUUUCUAAGAAGGUUUGGACGCGAUAAGACAACAUUUUCAUUUGAAGCAGGAAGGAGGUGUACCUCAGGAGAAGGAAACUUUGAAUUUGAAACGAAACAUGGUGGUCUAAUUUUCCAAGCCAUAGAAUCAGCAAUCCAAGUUAAGAAAUCGGUUGUUCCGGAGCAAAAGAUGCCCCCUCCCUCAUCAGAGGGUGAUGUUCAAGUGCCUCCUAGAUCCUUACCCUCUGUUAAGGAAGGUUUUUACAGCACCAUUAAUGAAUGGCCCUCAGAUAAUCUCAACCAAACGUUAGGCAGAAUACAGACAGAGAUAUCUGGUGAACAAGUUGUACCAGGAAUGAGGAAUUUAACUCUUGAUCCCAAUUUGCUAUCAAAAAAGCCACAAAUGAAAAGUAAUCCAAACUAUUCAGCAUCUUCUUCAAGAGCAAAUGUCGAGGCCUAUGCAGAAAUAUCCUUAUUUCCCCAAAAGAUGCCAGCUUCUUUAAAAGAAAAGAAAGUUCAGAAGGGUCCAUUGGUAUCAGCUAAUCAAGAAUCAGAAUAUGCUGUCCCAUUUGAUAAUGUAAUGAAGAAUUUGAUGGCAACAUCCUUUUCCAACUUCCCAUUACCACAGCAAGAGCAAAUACUAACAGAGGAAGACACUAUGUUUUCAUUUCCAAUCCAACCUCAGAUGGCUGAUCCAUUGUAUGACUCUAUUGAUGACCAAGUGGUUGUGUCAAAAAUGCAGAGAAGCAGAGAAUCCUUGUCCAAGGAUGAUCACAUCUAUGAUGAACCUGAAGGUUGUGCCUUUGCAGCACCCACAAAGGGAACAACACCUGGACUCUAUGAUAAUCCUGAAGAAGUUAGAGGAUCUGCCUGGAAACUUAAGGGAACCCUAGCGGAUCCUACAGGCCAUGAGUUUCCCUAUAAUCCACAGGUAGAUGACUAUGCGGUCCCAAAAAUGACCAAAAAAGCUGUUUGUUCUGAUCAGCCUUAUGGACAACAAACAACAACAGAGAACAAGAAAGAAUCUCAAGAUGAUACAUAUGACAAUGUAUUAAUAAAGAUUACUGCCAGAUAAGCCAGAAUAAUGUAAACUGAAAGGUUGCUCCUUAGCAAAAACUUCCACCACAACUAUCUAAGAAUGCUGAUCUGCUCUUUUUGUCUCUAGACAUCUAGUUUUCAUGAUUUUGUAGUUUGUGAAAGUACAUCAGAGAAAUGCCGAUAUAUUCUUUAGCUGUAUAUCUGGUAUGGUGUUAAGUGUUUCUGUUUAGAAGAGAAGUGAGCAAAUCAACUGGACAAUCUGGUUGUCCACUGAUGAUAUUUUAUGGACAAGGCCAUCAUUUGGAUUAUAUGGUGCAUAAGGGCUAACAGAAGAAAGUAACCAGGACACAAGCCUUUAUGGAACACUGCUGGCUUACAACAUUUAACCUUUUGUAGUCAGUGGUAAAGUUCUUAAAUCCAUCCCAGAAGCUGGAAUGGAAUGGAAUGAAUCCACACACAUUUACUCAUGCAAAACCUCUCUGCUUUCAAUGAUCCUACAAAUGUUUUAGAAAGUUGGAUGCAAUUGAUAUGAUCAGUUUUACAAUGCUAAUCACAUAGUACAUUUAUUAAAUUAAAAAAUGUACAGCAUAUUUAUAAAGUAUACAUUUUAUCAGUAUUAAUUUAGAGGUGAGAAGAUUACAUGUGCCAUGUGGGUAGUAUUUGUCUGCUGCAUAUCUCGUGUCAUCAGAGUUACAGUUUUUGUAAGUGUCAAAUCAUCCUUUCUAAUUCCACCUCUGCAAGGAUAUUUUUAAUUUAUAAAUAUUUUAUUUCAUUUACUUGGUGCAUAUACAGCCUAUGUUCUGCAUAUGUUGUUUUUUUUUUCCUUUUUUCUUUUCUUUGGUGUGAAUACAUUGAGUUUUUAACAGUUUCGGUGGUACGCUAAUCUCAGCUGUUUACAGGCAAAGCAAAAGUCAUUUUUGUUAAAUGAUAUUAAUCUGCUGUCUUUCCUUUUUGUGGUAAAAUAUGUUCAAAGUAUAAAUAGUGAUAACCUACUGAUUAUAAUAAAAAUGUUUUG